CCUUAAUUGCAUAAUAACUUCGAUUAAAUUGUCACAUAAACAUCUAUCAUAUUUCUUUUUGUCAAAACUUAAAAGGUCUCAUUUUUGUUCGAAGCCAACAAUAACAACAUGGAUUGUCGUUUAUCACCCAGCAAUAGAGCAUAAAAUAUGGCGGAAACCUCACAAAAGGAAACAUCUAACGUCGAUCAAAAGACAGAAAAGCAAGAUAAAGAGAACCAAACAGACCAAGCAAAACAAGUACUUAAAAGUCCCAAGCCUCCACUUCCUCCUCGACCUGUUGGACUUAGUAAAAUAGCUGUGGGAAAAAAGAAAUGUAUCUCACCACCUAAAUUGCUACAACAUGUCAAGGAAACACAGAAAAAAGUUGACAGGGAUGAAGAAUGCUUAUCACCUAAACCAAAACGCCCUCCUCAUCCCUUGAACAAGACACCUGAUGCUAGCAUCCCAGAUAAUACUGGGUUUGUGGAGAAAUGCAGAACAAAUGUGACAGGAACAACCUCCCCUUCUCCUCUUCAUCAGGAGCAUUCAUCUUCACUACAUAUUCCCCAAGGUACUAAUUCUGAAAUUGAAGGUAUGUCAUCAGUGCAAAGAUCACAACAGACAAGUACACCAACAAGACCUGAAAAUCCCCAAACAUUUUUUAAAAAAAAAAUUGUUGAUCCUCCUAUCAUAACCAGUUCUUGUACUGCUAAUAAGAUUGUUAGACAUUGCCAGACACCUGAGCGGCCCAGACCACCUAACAGAGCAACAUUAAUUAAUUGUAAGCAUUUGGACGCUGGUACUGAUGUAUCUCAGAACUCUGCAUCUUCAGAAAAACCAGCUACCCCUGUAGUACUACAAACUCCGAAAGUCACAACUGUUGAAAAAAACUUAAAUGUUCAUGGAAAGCAAAGCCCCUCUGUAAAGCCAAAACCACCAAUUCGCCCUAAGGUUAAGGAGGUAGUUAAAGUAUCACACAUUGCUGAAGGAAACAAGAUGAAGAAAUCUAAAUCUUUCGCGGAGACACCACGUAACGAAGAAACUAAGUUGCCCCUAAUUGAAAGAUCUUUAAGCUCAACAGACAUCACUGUUGUACCACAGACAGUGGAAGAUAUCAAUUCUACCCAAGAACUUGUUGUUUGUAUAGAAUCAGAACCAUUGGAUAAAACUACUAAAGUCAAAAUCUUCUCGGAGAAACCUACAGAACCAUCUCUGAAAGAAACAUCAAAAACAGUUCAACCGUCUGACGUAACACAAGAAAACGUUGACAAGGAAAUCCACCCGAGAAAAGAAGGAAAGCCAUCAAGGCCUCGUGCUCCGUCAAAAAGUAAAACAGAAAAAGAUGAAAAGAUUACUUACGAUAAUUCAACGUCAUCUGAUAACUUGCCAAUUAAACCUUUGUCAACUGAAGAUCACCCGCCCUCCGACACGUUGACAAAAUAUGUUGAAUUCGCACAUGGAAACAACAAAUCAAAACACGUUACGCCAAUCAAACCAAGAAACCCUUGUGAAGUCCCCAAACAAAUAAAAGAUAUAUCUCAAGAAAUCAACGAAGAUUGUGAUAAGUCACUGAAACAUGGUGAUAAACCACAAAGGCCGUCAAAGCCCAAGCCCCCCAUGGGUUCUGCAGUUGUCAUUGAUUCAAUAUCGAGCACUUUUCACGAAAAUACUGCAAUUAUUUCCACCCAAUCUCUGAAGAACAAACCGCAAAGACCUUCGCAACCAAAAUUAUUGACUGAACCAGCAGUAACUAAAGGAUCAGAUUGUAGCUCUAAACGUCGUGAAAAAGGAGGUGAGAAACAGGAUUCCGCAAAACCGCAAAGACCUACAAAGCCAAAGCUUCCUUCUGAAUUAAAAACAGCUGACGAAGAAGAAAAAAAUAAACAACAUGACAUCUUAAAAGAUGAUGUCAUGAUACCUAACAAACCACGCAGUUCGACUGAACCAAACUCUGAAAUUACUAUUGCAAAUGUACAAGAUAUGCUUUCUCGGCCUUGUACAGCAAGUGGACCAUCGCCUGGCCUAUCAACACAUGAAGUCUCUUUAUCAAGUUUGCAUACAACUAAAAUAGUUAAACCUAAACCACCUAGACCUCAUGCACCCCAUAUUGAAAAACAAUUGUCUCUUGAAAUGGAAGAAACACCGCCAAAGCCAAAACGAACCUCUUUGUCUGGAUAUACCGAAUUAAAAGGUAAACCAUCACUAAUAAUACCGAAGAAGGAGAGAGUUGUAGUAAUUGAUUCAACUGCGGAAACAGAACUGGUAGAAAAGCCGUCGAAACCCAACCAAAUUAACGAUAGAAGCGUCAACGAGGUCUAUGAAUCAAAAGAGACUAAAAAACUGAGGAACGAUGCUGAAAACGAGGUAAAAAUUGUUUCUGAUGAGUUGGGGAGAAUCCAGGAAACUGAUAAGCAAGAUUUACCACCGGCUUCUGAACGUUCCCGAUCUUUAAAACCUUCUCAACAAGCUUCCCCAAAUGGAUCAAGCAGUGCUCAAGAAGAUAAAUCGAGUGAACGCCAUGGUGUGAGAUUUCGAGUGAGUUCGCUGACUAAAACUGAGAUUGAAUCUUUUAAUCAGAGGAAUUUCCUUGAAAAAUUAAAGGUAAAGGGACCUAUUGCGCAAAACUCUGAAGGUGAAUCAACAAGCAUUCCUAAUCGUAGUUCCAAGCCUCCGCGGCCAAAACCUCCGGUAGCGGGUUGGACAAAGACAACUUGCGAAGAGCUUAAAAACGACACUCUUGAAGUUACAGGGAGUGAAGUUGUGGUCAAUAAUGAAAAUAAUUCUGAAACAACUGAUGUUACCUCUAGUACAACAACCAAAACUAGCGAAGAAAAAGGUUCUUCUGAAACAACUGAUGUUACCUCUAGUACAACAAAAAAAACUAGCGAUGAAAAAGGUUCUUCUGAAACAACUGAUGUCACCUCUAGUACAACAAACAAAACUAGCGAUGAAAAAGAUUCUUCUGAAACAACUGAUGUCACCUCUAGUACAACAAACAAAACUAGCGAUGAAAAAGAUUCUUCUGAAACAACUGAUGUCACCUCUAGUACAACAAACAAAACUAGCGAUGAAAAAGAUUCUUCUGAAACAACUGAUGUUACCUCUAGUACAACAAACAAAACUAGCGAUGAAAAAGGUUCUUCUGAAACAACUGAUGUCACCUCUAGUACAACAACCAAAACUAGCGAUGAGAAAGAUUCUUCUGAAACAGCUGAUGUUACCUCUAGUACAACAACCAAAACUAGCGAUGAAAAAGGUUCUUCUGAAACAACUGAUGUCAGCUCUAGUACAACAACCAAAACUAGCGAUGAAAAAGGUUCUUCUGAAACAACUGAUGUCAGCUUUAGUACAACAACCAAAACUAGCAAUGAAAAAGAUCCUUCUGAAACAGCUGAUGUUACCUCUAGUACAACAACCAAAACUAGCGAUGAAAAAGGUUCUUCUGAAACAACUGAUGUUACCUCUACUACAACAAACAAAACUAGCGAUGAAAAAGAUCCUUCUGAAACAGCUGAUGUUACCUCAAGUACAACAAACAAAACUAGCGAUGAAAAAGAUUCUUCUGAAACAACUGAUGUCACCUCUAGUACAACAAACAAAACUAGCGAUGAAAAAGAUUCUUCGGAAACAACUAAUUUCACCUCUAGUAAAACAAAGAAAACAAGCGAUGAAAGCGAUUUUCAUUUUCUUGAAAAAUUAAAAGUAAAGGGACCUAAUCCUAGCUCCAAGCCUCCGCGGCCAAAGCCUCCAUCAGCGGGUUGGACAAAGACAACUUGUGAAGAGCUUAAAAACGACACUCUUGAAGUUACAGAAAGUGAAGUUGUGGUCAAUAAUGAAAAUGAUUCUGAAACAACUGAUGUUACCUCUACUACAACAAACAAAACUAGCGAUGAAAGAGAUUCUUCUGAAACUGAUGUCACCCCUAGUACAACAAACAAAACUAGCGAUGAAAAAGAUUCUUCUGAAACUGAUGUCACCUCUAGUACAACAAACAAAACUAGCGAUGAAAAAGGUUUUUCUGAAACAACUGAUGUCAGCUCUAGUACAACAACCAAAACUAGCGAUGAAAAAGAUCCUUCUGAAACAACUGAUGCUACCUGUAGUACAACAACCAAAACUAGCGUUAAAAGAGAUUCUUCUGAAACUGAUGUCAGCUCUAGUACAACAACCAAAACUAGCGAUGAAAAAGAUCCUUCUGAAACAACUGAUGUAAACUCUAGUAAAACAAACAAAACUAGCGAUGAAAAAGAUUCUUCUGAAACAACUGAUGUCACCUCUAGUACAACAACCAAAACUAGCGAUGAAAAAGAUUCUGAAGCAAGUGAUGUUACCUCUAGUACAACAACCAAAACUAGCGAUGAAAAAGAUUCUGAAGCAAGUGAUGUUACCUCUAGUACAACAACCAAAACUAGCGAUGAAAAAGAUUCUGAAACAACAUCCAGUAUUAAUGGAAAAGUAGGUGAAGUAACUAAAAGUGAUGCAUUAAUGGAAAAAGAAACUUUAAUUAAACACAUUCCGUCCUGUCUCAAGCACCCUGAGAGAAAAAUGAAACGUCAAGCUCCUCCAGUGCCGGACGAACCUCAUGUGGAUAUAAAGACUGGUGAGAGUCUAAAAUAUGAUAAAGAAUGUCUAGAUAGAACAGAAAAACCCGUAAUGAAUAAAAGUUUUGAAACGACAAAACAAAGUGUUGAGAAAGAUGACAUUACUCAAGUUGAUUGCGUGGACACCAGACCUCAGGAUAAUGAAGCGUUGGAUGCGAAUGGGCAGGACAAUAAGGAUCUUGACGAAACGGAUAGUCCCUUUCAAUCCCCAAAGAAGAAAAAAAUUCCGCCUCCGAAACCAAAGAGAACAUCGUCGUUGAAGAGAGACUCAAAACUCCUUGUACCUAAGCUCGGCACUACAGAAGAAGACGAGGAUUCCAAACAAGAACACAACAAACAGAGUUCAUUAAAUGGAUUAAAUCAAAUCCCGGAGAAUAUUCAAGUAAAUAAAGGUACAGCAGAUGUGACAACAACUACCAACGAAAACGCAGACGAUUCUGGUACGACUACGAUCGAGGGUGUGAAUUAUGCUGAAAACCGUCCUGAGGAAAAACGACCAUUCAAAGCGGUAUCUUCUAACCAGAGCUUUGUAACCCCCCCAAAAAAUAAUAACCAGAAGAUUGAAACCAAAGAAACAUCUGGAGGAACUGUAAUAUCAAGAAGUUUAAGUUUUGGAGGAAUGAUUAGAAAUAAACACCAACCUAAUCCCAGCCCUCCGACUUUUUUUGUGGAGGAGAAUAAAACAAACGUGGAUGUCUGUGAGGAGCUAAGGAAAGAUGACGUCGUUAAAGUAGAAGAAACGUCAACUUCACAAGAAAAUCUUACAGUCCUGCACGCUUUCCAUGACGACAAAAAACAUGACAGUUUCCUCACGACAGACUCUGAUUCAGAAGACGAAAAGGAUAACGAGCCUCAAAAAAGCAAAACCUAUUACAUUUCGAGAGAGAUUUUAUCCACUGAACGAACAUUUGUUGAUGUUGUUAAACUGAUUUCUGAGGACUUUAGAGAAGCUGUGAAGAAGGGAAAUAAGAGAUUUGGAAAGGCUAUCAUUCCUGAUGAUACACUGCAAGAUAUUAUUUUAAAUAUUUCUCAAAUAUAUAAAUUUGAUUCCGAAUUUCUGAAAGCUCUUGCAGACCGCAUGGAAACAUGGGAUGAAGAGCAGAGAAUUGGGGACAUUAUAAAGAAAUUUAGUCCCUUCUUAAAAAUGUACAAAACGUAUAUCCAAGGUUAUGAUAGUGCAAUGUCUGUUUUAACUGAAGCAAUGAAGAAAUAUCCUCAGUUUGCAGAAAUUGUUCGAGAGUUUGAGUGUAGUGAAAGAUGUCAUAAUCUUACUGUUGGGAUGUAUAUGUUAAAACCAAUUCAGAGAAUUCCGAGUUAUCGUUUACUACUGAUUGACUAUUUAAAACAUCUUGAUGAGAAUACGCCGGAUCACAAAGAUGUUUCAGAUGCACUGGCAAUUGUUUCUGAGGUUGCAACCCAUAUUAAUGAAGAUAUGAAACGCGUGGAUAACUUUGAAGAAGUUCUAAAGGUUCAAAGAAGCUUGGUUGGACAAGUUGAAAUUGUUAAACCCGGCCGAGAGCUUAUAAAAGAGGGCGCUCUCAUGAAGUUAUCUCGUAAGGAGAUGCAGCCAAGAUCGUUUUACUUAUUUACUGAUAUUUUGCUGUACACGACACCUGUCGCCAACAACCAAUAUCGUUUAAAUCUUUCAUUACCUUUGGAGGAAAUUACGGUUGAGCUACCAGUCUCGCCAGAUUUUGAAAAUGAGUUUAGUAUUAUUACUACAAAGAAAUCGUUCAUAUUGUCCGCAAGUACUGCUGAAGAGCGAGACGAAUGGCUGGAAGCACUGCGUAAUGCUUCAGAUGAAAUCCGAAAAAAGAAAAUAACAUUUCAUCUGGCGAAGAAAGAAAAAUUGGAGGCACUGUACGAUGAUCAACAACAAGGCGAAGAUAAGAUGGCAAAAUUGGGAUCUAAAGCUCCAGUAUGGAUCCCUGAUGUUCGUGUCACAAUGUGUAUGGUAUGUACAGAUGACUUCACUGUCACCAACAGAAGACACCAUUGUAGAGCAUGUGGAAAGGUAAUAUGUGGUUCUUGUUCCUCUAACUCGGCUCCCCUGGCUUACCUAAAUUAUGAAACAGCCCGAGUUUGUGACAUCUGCUAUGAUGAACUAACCGACACAUCAACAACUCUGACUACUGUUGAAACAAAAGAAAAUGGUGUUGGUUCUGAAAAGAAGGAUACGGUCCCAAAAUUCAAUGCUGUGAAAAAGAGUAGAAGGCUGAAAAUUUUCAAGUCAAAAGAGGUACCCGCGGUGGAGGAAUCAACAAUCAGUGGAUAUCUAAAGACACGCGUGGGUAAGAAGUGGCAAAGAAGGUGGUAUGUGGUAAAAGACAACGUUCUUUACGCUUCGAAAGCAAGUUCGGAUCCUGCCGCACAAGAAACACGUCCGUUACUAGGAUAUGAUGUGCGAGGACCCGAGGCCAUGGACGGAAAUGAUAAAAAAAUAGUAUUUCAAUUAAUUCACGCUGGCACUGAACCUGUCGUCUUGCAAACUGAUAAUAUGAAACAUGGGGAACAAUGGGUGAAUGCAUUACGACGUGCGACAAUAUUACCACAUUAACAUAAUGUAUAUAUAUAUAAUACAUAGACAGAAUACACAAAUUACCCUGGCGGUCAAAAAGAACUGCUCAAAACGAGUUAAAAUGCUCUCAAAUGCAUGAAAUAUCCCUCUAACAACAUGUACGAGUAAAGAUAGACUAGAUUACAUAUAAAAGCAAAGCUAUAUGGAAACAUUUUGUUUACUCUCCUUUGGGCCUUACACCGGCGUGGCAUACUUUCUGUUUCUGUUAACGUGGUAAUCUAAGUUGAAGGAAAUUCAUUCCAUGCCCGUGGACAGUCUUUACAGCAAACCCAUAAAUCAUGUGAAUUAAUUCAUCUCCUUGACAUUGUCCCUCAGAUUUCCAAUAGGGUUAAGGUCUUUUGACUGUGCAGGCCAAUCCAUUUCUGUCACUCUCUCUUCCUGAAACUAUUGCUUGACUAUCAUAGAGGUGCAUUAUAUUAUUGAAGUAUUGCUUCGAAUGAAAGAAUUACCCAAAAUGCCUCUGAAGUUCUCUCCCAUAUUUGCUUCUUUUUUUUAACAAUUUAUGUCUAAGCAGUUCUUUUUGACCGCUAGUGUAUAUUAAAAGAUUGAUUUUCACGAUUCCUGUAACAUACGAUAAUCGCAACAUUUGAGCAGUUCUUUUUGACUGCCAGUGUAUAUGUUUUCCUUUCCAAACGUUGAAACUUAAACUCUCCGUGCACCAGCACGGUUGCGAUGUUCACCUGUUGAGCUCUUAACGUCGGACAAGUUGUUUUUGAAGCAAGUAUGCUUUUUUGCCUUUUGUUUAUAUUUCUUCAGAAAAUAGUUAACUACUUCAAAAGUUGUCGUGUCUAAAUAAGCAAUGAGGCACCAUUCCUUGAAUGGUCGGAGUUUUAAUGUUUUGAAAGGACAGCCCUAAUCAAAUUAUUUGUGAAAUAUAAUGUGUCUUCAUGACAUUGACAGUAUAAAAAAAAAAUUGUAAUCACCCUAUGCAAAA